AUUCAUAUUAUAAAAUAGAUUUGCUUUUCCGUCUAGGCCUCGUCGUCGUCAGUUAAAACUACCCCGCAGAUCAUCAUAUAUCUCCUAUAUUCGAAUCCUAAAUCGGCGAAUCGGAGAACCCUACCGAAUAAACCUCUAGGGAGGAAUCCUUGCUUCGAUUCCGUCUCAGGGCGUAAUGGCGGAACCACCACCACCACCACCACCAAAUCUCAUGUUUUCGAAAGCGAGAGACGUUCUUGCGACUCCAAGCCACCAAGGUUUGGAGAGCGUCGUCAGCCAUCUCUUUAUAGAUCAAGAAACCACCGAAUAUCAAACCGCGAAUGCUCUCUUCAACUUCCUCACCCGUAGCUUCCCCAACUGCUUAACCCUAAAGCUUCUCAACAUGUACCUCUCCUCUUCCAUCCCCCUCCACAGAUCUCACUUGAUCAAUCUCCUCCUCGCAACCCUCAGCCACUACAAGGACCGCAGCUUCGAACUAUCUCCCGUCGCUCUCAGCGAGAUCAAACCUCUCGUGAUCUCUUGCUUGAGGAUGCAACAAGAACCGGCCGAGAUCAGAAACUUCAGGCGGAUCGUUUCUUUCAUCGCUUACGACGUUAUGAUACUCGAUCACGACGGCGGUUGGGACGAGCUCAGCGAAUGUAUCUACGAGGUAUCGUGCCACGACCCUCUAAAGGCGUUGCACGUCUUCGCGGACUUGCCUCCAAUGUACGAGAGGUUCGUAUACAACUGCGGAGGGGUGGUUGUGGAGAAAGCAGAGAAGGUGUUGCUUCUUCCUUAUCAAGACCGAGUCGAUGAUUGGAGCUUGGGUUUGCAAGCUGUUGUGAAACUUGGGGUUCAAGUCUUGGACUCUGAGUUGAGUAACGAUAUGGUGAAGAGUUAUCUUACUCUUCUUGUCGAGGCAGCGAGUGAUCUUGUGGAGAAGGGUAUGGAACCGUUUCUGGUACGAGGGCUUGCAGAUCUCGAGAAGUUCUUGGGACGAGAGAAGGGGAUGUAUAAUUACAAUGAGGAUCAAUGUGAUUUUGUGUCUUGUUUCUUGUCCAAGAUCAAAGACUUGGGACCCCUAACGAAGGAGGCUACGGGGAGGAUCCAUCGUUUGGUUAAGUCUACCCCAUCACUCGUUCAACAGCCACAGGAACAUGGACCAGUUUCUGAACGUGAAUGGUCUGAUCGUUUGAACAACUUACAGCCGCUUGAGAUCUUAAGAGUCUUUGCGUCCACUGAUGUUGAAGAGAGGUUCAGAGAAAUGGCAAUCAGACGGCUCAACGAUUUUCUCUCUGAUUACAUUUCAAGGGAGUCAACAGACGCUUCAUUGUUGAGAGAACUUCAGCCACUGCUCAUCUCUUGCCUUGGGGAAAAAGAAAGAAUCUCUGAGAGAAUGCUCAAAGUCCUUGGUGAGGUUGUCUACAGCGUUGCGUCUGAGAUGAUGAUCUCCCAUGUUGAGUUAUGGGACGAUCUUGGCUACUAUAUUGCAUCACACAGCGAAACAGAUUUUCAGAGAGCGGUCUAUAUCUUCCAGUGCUUAACAAUGUGGCUUCAUGAGCAGUUUAUGGAUCCUAUAGUGGAGCAUCUUAUCCCAGAGAUAAACAAAAGGCUAUAUCCACCGGGUGAUGUUUUGGUAGAUAACAGCUGCUGGGUCUUGGCGUUUUUGGGUGCCUUCUGUGCCAUCAUUCAAUUGGUAGAGAUGGAAGUUUAUGCUGGAACGGUGAUGGAGAUGGCAGAUAAGAUGGUAGAUUCAGUGAGAGAGCUUGUGGAAAGAAAAAUGGAAGUUGGGUUUGUGAGGAGAGCUUUCAGAGAUUUGGAAAUCAUUGUGAAGAAGCAAAUGGACUGGUUACGUAAGGACGAGUACAAAUUGCUUAAGUCUCUGCUUGAGAGACUCUACGUAAUCAAAGGCAUGACAAUGGAAAGCAAGAUGGUGUUGUGGAGAAUCAAGGUGUUUGUGGACAGAGGAAUGGCCGAUCAUGUGCCCGCUUAAGAGUUGUAUAAUCUGAUGGUUAGUCUGAUAUUGUAUAGUGCCAAUCAUUCUUUCAUAGAGUUAGAGAUUCUCUCGACUGUUUCCUCUUUGGUUAUGUUCCCCUCAAAUGUGUUUUGUCUUUGUUUGAUCAUUGCUUUUCUUGAUCAUGUCUCCAGAUGUACAAAUAUACGUAAUGUCUGGAGUUGAACAAUCAAUUCUUUCAUUCCUCUAAGAGAUUUGAGAACAUGU